CCGAACAGUAAAAUUAAGAUGCUGAUUUGAUCUUGUUUCUUUCAGGGGGAUAGCGCUGGACCCCUCAUGUGCAAAAGAAAAAAAGUCUUCACUGUGGUUGGGAUAGCAAGUUGGGGAUCAGGCUGUAGCCAGAUUAAUUCCCCUGGAGUUUUCACCUCCACGCAGAGCUUUGUAAAGUGGAUGGUUGAUAAAGUCAUUAGUGAAGAAAUGAAAAGCGCAACUAAAGUAAAGGAAUUUAUUCCGAAAAUUGUUGUUCCUGUUGAAAAUGCUAUCAAUGAUGUAGAUCCAAGUGCAAUAGAGGAAAAGAAUGUGGAGCCUACAAAUCGACCAACUCUAAAGAAUUAUAGGAAACGAUUUAGGAUUCAGGAGCCACCAAAAGCCCAAUCUAUUCCACCAGAAUUUAAAGAAGCAAAGCAAACACUUGAAGUUCCACGCCAGUCCCAGCAAGCCCAAUCUGAACAAACAAAUACUGCGCUGUUACAAAUUGUUAAUACUCUGCUUAAGCUUAAAGCAUUGAUAUUGGGACUGUUUCAAUAA